AUGGCGCUCCUGCAAACGUCCCUUAUUUGGGCUGUAUAUGCAAUUGUGGUAGCUAUAUUGGUUGCAGUGGCCUCUGUAUUUAUCUAUGUUUACCAGACCCCUCGGGAUCGCUGUCCAUCGGUGAUACUGACCUGUAUCGUUGCUGUCACCACCCUUCUUGCAACUGUUCUCUUGGUACCAGUCGACGUUGCUCUGGUCUCAUCUACGAAUUCUCCGGCUCUGGGUCGGCGACAGGACUGGGCUACUCAAAAAGAAGUAGAUAGGAUACUAUUGUGCUUGAAAGUUGCGUAUUACUUCCUAUACUCUUUGGACGCCCUCCUCUGCCUCAUUGUGAUUCCUUUCAUUUAUUUUUGGUACGAAGAGUACGACGAAGUGGCAUCCGACACAGGAGAACAGUCACUUGGGCAGCGGUUUUGGGCGGCUUUUAGAUACACAGUCUCUUUCAUUGCGAUAGUGGUUGUGCUGUUUCUCGUUGGGUUCUUCGCGCCUGUUGCGAAAGAUGGGAAUGGUGAUGGUCUGGAUUAUUUCAAAAACCUACUGACCCAAAGUCGUGGCGAACGUGCCCUUACAUUUGCUCUUGGUUUGCUGAUAACCAUAGGUCUGUGCUUUUAUGUUCUAUAUACUUCCACAGGUCUAGCUCUACUCCCAAUUACCUUAAUCAAAGAAGGCCCGUCAGUUUCAAGUCCGACAUUGAAAGCGACUACAGCUGUUCAGCUUGGUUCUAAUCGGGAACGACAGCGCCAGUUAGAAGGUCGCUGCAGAGGUAAUCCGGGACUUUUGUCGUCAAAAGACCGUAGAGAGCUCGAUACUCUUGUUAGGGAAGAACGAACGCUUAUCCGUCGACAACGCUUGGCGGAUGAAGCUGGGGGUAAAGACCAAACCCGGUUAAUGCGGUUGUGGCUGAAAAUUGAAGCUAUAUUCCGUCCAUUCCGGCUCCUAUCCGGCGUUGUUCUUUUACUUGUUGCGCUUAUCCUAUGGAUAUCCAUGCUUUUGACGGCGAUCGACAAGGCCAAGAACUCGUUCUGCAAACAACGAUGCGGAUACAUUCUUGGACAUAUCAAUGUUUUCAACCCCAUCAACUGGGUUCUUGUUCAAUCCGCCAAAGCAUUCCCAGUGGACUACAUCAUUUUCACGAUGCUUGUCUUAUUUCUAUUCAGCAGCUCCAUCGUCGGCGUUUCUGCAAUUGGCAUCCGAUUUCUCUGGAUCAAAAUCUUCCAAAUCCGAAAAGGCCACACGUCACCCCAAGCUCUUUUGUUAGCAACGGCUAUGUUGAUGUCGAUCAUACUAGCUUUAAACUAUUCAACAUCGAUAAUACUUGCUCCUCAAUACGCAACUUAUGGGCCCCAAACCUUCUGUGACCGAGAGCUCGCCUUUCCUGAAAAACAGCCAGAUUGUUCAGGUGCUAAACACCUUGUUAGGCCAUGCUCUGAGGUGGCAGAUAGUUUGGCCGCCAAGCAAGUCUGCACUCCAAGCGUUGCCAGCACAUUUCUUAACCGUGUGACGAUAAAUUUUCCCUUUUUCGGUGCCAUUUUCUUCUGGGCCCAAUUCGCUUUCUUAGGUAUCUAUCUAUUCGUGAUGGUCACCGCUCUCUUGUGCUCUCCGAAAUUGGACGAGCGGCAGCUCGAUGAGGAUGCUGAAGAGGCCGAAGAGGAAAGCUUACUAACAAGCACUGGAGGGCAGAUUGACACUACCUGGCAGGGCAUCACUAGUAGGCUGAGAAGGCAGGAUGACGUUGGCCGAGCCGGAACUUAG